CACCAUUUUAGAGCAGUUACGCACGGGGGCGCACUGCAUAGAAAGACGCAUGCGGAUGAGCAAAGGAAAGUAUACGGAGAAAAUCGCAUGGAUAAAAACAUUGUUUUUCCAUCCAUAACGGAUAGAAAAAACUAUUGGGACGUCCAAGAGACCACAGAAAACUAAACACGCCGUCACGGAGGCUCUGGAGGAAAUACUCAGACGAAGUGAUGUGGAGAUUUCAACAUCCGAGGACAGCAGCAACUCCAUUGCAAAUUAUGACUCAGAGGAGGAGGAAAACUUUCGGUCCAACGUUGACCCUGUUUAUGAUCAUGAAGCCAGUUACACAGAUGAGACCCCUGGUGGAGCCCAUCCCAAAAGUGCAGCAGCCGCCCGGCAUCCAGCUGAAACAUCUCCUUCAAGUGAUGAAGAGUUUGUUCCAACUCGAAGCCAAACCUCCAGAAGCUCAUCCACCUCGAGGUCUGACACGCCUCUCACGGGGAGCCUCCGUGACAGGACAAACGUCAAGGUCUCCAUCCCCCAUUCCAGGAACAUCAAAACAGGCCAAGAGGACCCGGCAGGGAGGACGUGGAGCUGCAAGUAAACGGUCAAAACAGGCUGCAACCAGAUCUUCUGAUUCACUGGAAAUGUGGCAUACUGCAGAGGAGCCUGAUGUGGAGCCGACGUCACCCAAAUUUCAGCCGAAGCAUCCAGUGGGGCCCAGAAUCAACACCACAACAUCAUGGUCACCGCUGAGCCUGUUCAAGCUUUUUUUCAGCUCCAGUGUGUUGCACACCAUCAUGAACAAUACAAAUGCCAAUGCAGAGAAAAGAAAUGCAGCAGGAAUUAAAUUUAGGUGGUCUCCCCUCUCAGCACAAGAAAUGUGUGUGUUUCUGGCAAUCAUCAUUUUUUCUGGUUUGGUACAGGUGCAUGCAAGAUCAGAUAUGUGGUGUAAAGAGUGGCCAUACAACUUUGGCUUUCCUGGAAGCAGCAUGACCAGGGACAGAUUUGAGGCCAUUUUUUGGUCUCUUCAUCUUUGCAGCAUUGAAGAGGAUGAAGCCAAUAAACGAAGAAAAGGAACAUCAGCUCAUGACCGGCUUGUCAAAAUAAAACCACUCUACAAUCAGAUCAUUACUGCAUGCACGUCACUAUACCAACCAGGGAGGGAAAUCACAAUCAACGAGAGGAUGGUGGCAAGCAAAGCCAGAAUUGGUUUCAGACAAUAUAUGAAAGACAAGCCGACCAGGUUUGGCUACAAACUUUUUGUGCUUGCAGAUUCCAGCACCGGUUAUACUUGGAACUUUUUCAUCUAUCAAGGAAAAACAACAAAUCCACAGGGUGAGGGCCUCACUUACACAUCUGUAAUGGACCUGAUGAACUUCAACCUGCUGGGAGAUGGCUAUCAUCUUUAUGCUGACAACUUUUAUUUAAGCUCUGCACUAUUCAACAAGCUCUCUGCCCACAACACAGUGGCCUGCGGCACCAUCAGACAAACAAGGAUAGGAUUCCCAACAACAACUGUGAAUGACUUGCCAAAGAAAGCUGAGAGGAGAGACAUGAGGUUGAUGAGGAAAGACAACCUCCUCUUCGUGAAAUGGAAAGACACCAAGGAGGUAACUGUGUGCAGCUCUUUCCACAAGGCUUUCACUGGGCACACCGCACAAAGGAGGGUGAAGGAGGCUGGACAGUGGCAAGUGAAGAACAUCCCUAUCCCUGAUGCUGUGAGGGACUACAAUAUACACAUGGGUGGAGUGGACCUUUCCGAUGUCCUAAUCCAGUAUUACUCUGUCCAUGGAAAGACAAUGAAGUGGUACAAAACUUUUUUUUUUUUUUUUCACCAUUUCCUGCACAUCGCCAUUGUGAACUCCUUCAUCCUCCACAAGCAGCUGGUCAUCGGCAGGGGCGAGACUCCCAUAACUCAAAAAAGAUUCAGGGAAGUCCUGAUGAAGGAGCUGAUGGAAGAAGGUGAAGCCAUAGCUGCUUCUUCUUCCCCCCAACCCACCCCCAGCACCAUCUGCCUCCCAAUAUACUUUGGGGGAACAGCAACAGAGGAUCGGAGAGUUUGCGUGUGGUGCAAAUCCGAGGGGAGGAAGAUGAAGACACCGAUGUGUUGCAGCAAGUGCAAUGUGGCCCUCUGUCUCACCUCAGCGAGGAACUGCUUUCGUGAGUUCCACCUGAAACAUUGUCCUCAGCUAAGUUACUGAGCUGUAUUUCAGCAUACACUAGCGCGCUCGUUGGGAUGUCACUUAUUUUUUUUUUACAUAUUGCACAGACUUUACUUUCGUCUGACAUCCCAGCAUAUUUGACCAUUUUUUGUUAUUGCUCAUUACUUGUUCACUUUGUUCAAUUUUUUUUAUUGUUUGAUUUAUACAGUUUAUGCACAUGUUCUGAGUGUUUACAUAUUGGUAGUACAUUCAUUAGU